UGCUGAUUAGACGUUUUGGGUACUUUACUUACAGAAAACAGAACAUGAUAAUGUGACUAGUACUGACUACUUCCAUUUAAUUAUUUCUGCUAAGUGCUCUGUUUAUUAAACCACAUUUAGUGAAAUGGCGAGUGGGGAUAGUAAUGUGGUAAGAAUAGUAAAUCUUGAUGACACAUUUACGGAAGAAAUACUAAAAAAUUGUAUUUUAAUCAAUUGCCGGCCUGAAGGAGAUGUGAAGAAAAUUUAUUUAAAAAGAGAUGAUAAAACUAAAACCUCUUAUGGUUAUGUAGUUUUUGAGAACAGCUAUGAUGCUUUGAAAAUGACACAAACUUUAAAUGGGCAUAUUUAUAUUUCAAACAAAUUAGAAAUUGAACUAAUCGGCCCAAAUUUAAAAUAUCGCAUAUAUGGAAAAGAUAACAAAGUCCUUCGCUUAUUAGGAACUACAGGUACAGUACUAAAGACACAUACCCGUCAAAAUCUGGAUGGUUUACUCGCAAGAAGACAAUCUGCUUUAAAUAGAAAACAUUUUGUAGGUCCAAGUUCAGCGUCCAACAUUGAGAGAGCAAGGAACAAACGGGUGCCUUCUUGUGAUGAAGCACAUAGAAUUCCUAAUAGUGGUUCUAAAUAUAUUCCCCCACAUAUGCGGAAUAGAAAUAAAACUAUAAUGCUGCUGUUAAUUUUAUCCCGGUCCAACCCAUUCAAAAUGAUGAAUUGAUGGAUUUUGAUUUAUUUGAUUAGAUAUUUUGUGUGAGAUUUUAUCAUUACCUAUAUUUUAUUUUGCAUUUCAUAUAUGGAUGCUGGUGAAAAUUAAAGUGGUCAUAUUUUGAUAAUGAAGUAUAUUCCAUACAAUUUUUUAGGGGAUGAUUUCUAUGCUAAUAAAGACAACUAUCAUGAUGAAAAAAUUUGAAACAGAAUUUGCAAGAGCUUGAAAAGGGUGCAAUAUUUGUUCAUAAUCAAUUGAUCAACUACUGUUUUUUUACUUUUCACAAAAUUUAAUUUUCUUUGUAUUUUCACUUUUCAUAGUGUUGUACCUACAUCAUAAAAGUUUUCUUUGCGAGCUCAAAAUAAUUCCCUAAAAAAUGGUAUGGAUCUCAUAUUUUAUUACAAAAAUAUGAGAACUUUAAUUUUUACCACUUGCCACUGUAAUUAUAAACUUUUUAAGAACUGCUUAUUUUUAAAAUUGAAGAUAAAAAAUUAAAAGAGGUGAUUAAAAAAUAUAAAUAUUUUUAUUCAUGUGGGAUUAAGACUGAAAGUGGAUUCUGUGAGACUAAUUUUAAGAGGCAAGAGUUUACUUUUUCAGUUGUAGAAUUGAAAAAAAUCCGUUCCUAUCAAAUUACGUUAUAGUUACAAUUGAUUUAU